GUCCUUACCUUUACCGCGUUCACCUGCUUGAUUGUCAUUCUCCCGUCCUCCUCUCUCCAUUUUUUCUGUUUUUGAUCCAUCUUUGUGUUUUUGAGCCUUACCACCGAACAAAAGUGUAUUAAGUUCUGAAUGUUACUCAAGCAUGGCUACCUUUGCACCCAACGCCGCUGCAACUGUGAACCCCACCAAUAAUAAUAAUAACAGCAACAACAUCAAUAACAACAACUCGAGCUUGCGAGGUCAAACCCGACCCAUGGUCAUCACCUCGGCACAACAAUGUCUCCUCAACGGAGGCCGCAGGAAACAGGCCAAACCUCAGAGGAAAACUGUUGAAUUGGAAACCAUGGGCACUCCCACUCCCAGUCAAGUUGGCGAUGCCGUGGUCGAUUCCGGGGUGGACUCUGAGGUGUCACCAUCGAGCCCCGAGAGCAAUCACAACGAACGACUCAGCUCUGUGAUCAGUGACUCCAUCAUGGAGACAGCAGAGACCUUGUUGGCCUUGAAGUCCAGUGGCAAAACCACUACCUCCAAUUCCCCUUCCUCCUCCUCUUCCUCUUCUUCCUGCAUUGCCAUCCAUCCCGACCCUCUUCCUAUUACGGCCCUUCCCCUUUUACCCCUUCCCUCCUCUCAGAAUCCGCCCAUUCUAUCGUCCCACCCAAUUGUAGUUCCAUCCGCGAAAUGUGUUGUCGAUGAAGCUUCCAAGAUUCAAGAGUAUUUGAGACGCGGCGAUACGGCCGUUGUGUUCCCACAGCAUCCGGAUCCCAUUUCACAUCACGAAAAAGGAUCAGAAGACUCUCCCGAAUCAGAUUCCGUUGGAUAUGAAGAUGAGAGUCCAGAAUUUGCCCUGCUAUGCCCAAAGUGUUCUAAACCGUACCAUUCGAUCAACAGCCUGCGCGAUCAUCUUAGGGAUGAGCACAAGAUCGACCCAUCCGACCUGCCUGAUGUUUUGAUGGGCAUUUCCACGGUGGGGAAGGAGCCCAAUGACUCCGGUGACCUCGUGGACUGUAAGGUGUGUCAAAAGCAAUUUGCCAAUGUCUACCGCCUCCAAAGGCACAUGAUUUCUCAUGACGAGUCGGUGGGCUUGAGACGAUUCAAGUGCAAUGACUGCGGAAAGGCUUUCAAAUUCAAACACCAUCUAAAGGAGCACGUUCGGAUUCACACCGGAGACAAGCCGUUUGAGUGCAAGCAUUGCGGCAAGAGGUUUUCCCAUUCUGGCUCGUAUUCUUCUCACAUGACCUCCAAGAAAUGCCAAAGCAACAAGGCCAAAAGCAACCACCACUUGGGUAGCCAAGAUCACUCGCUAAACGACAUGGACUGUCAAAGUGGCGGACCAGUUUCUUCAGCCAAGGACCUACAGCUCCAAACUGAAGCUUUGGUCUCAUCCCUUACCACACCUUUGGCCUUAUCAACGAGUGUGAAUACCAUGACAACCGCCUCGGUGUCUUCCGUGUCUCCGUCUACUUCGACAACCUCGAAUACCUCGUCCUCAACUGUCAUUCAAUUGCCCACAGAGCCAGCGCCAAUGCUGGCCACGGCAACGGCUUUCAAUCCUCUCUUCCUGAACCCAUUCAUGUUAACCUCACAUUUGGCCAAGCCGGAGUUGAUGAACCCAAUAAAGGCCUUAAUACCUGAUCUCUCACUGAUUUCCCCCUUGAACUCCUUGAGCAAGCCACAUAUUGCGGACACUCUGGCCAACAUGUUUGGGAAAGAGGAGCUUGACAAUCUGAGGCGAAUGUUGGAGACAGUGAACGCCACCGUGACCAGGUCUCUGUUGGAAGACAAUCUCAAGAAAUGGAGCCAAGAGAUUCUGACCAAUAAUGCCAUCCUGGACCAACUAUCCAAAGCCCAGCCCAUUCCACCCGAGUCCACGAAUGGAGACUCAGAUUAUCCAAUGAGUGAUGGGGAGGACGAUGGUACCGAGGACUCUGCCAACAAGCGGUCUCGAGUCCGCACUCAAAUAUCGGACGAACAAGCUUCCAUCCUCAGAGGUUGCUACAUGAUCAAUCCCAAGCCUAAAAGAGAAGAGCUGCAGCAGAUCGCCGAACGAAUUGGACACCCCUUCAAAGUGGUGAAGGUGUGGUUCCAAAACACGCGAGCCCGAGAUCGACGAGAGGGUCGCACCUCUUCCACUCCCUCCAAGCCCAUCACGCCCUUUGACGUUACUCUGAACAAUCUCCCCAUCUCACUGAAAAACCUGAGCCCGCUUCCGCCUAAUGUGGUUUUCAGCAAAUUUCCCACCCCUCCAGCGAGCAUGACCGAGUUCCAGCCCAGUCCAACCGCUAGCCCACGUCCGCCCAAGGCCGAAACGCCAUUGGACCUCUCGACCAAGCGGUCCACGCCCUGCGAGACACCGCCCCCGCUUGUCAUUAAUUCUGAUCCUGAAGAUUCGGAGGACGAGGAGAUUGAUGAUGAGGAAGAAGGUGAGGAAGACGACCACGAGAAGAUGGAGAGUGACGAGUCGGAUGAGGAGGACUUGACCAGCAAUACUCAAAAUGGCGAUAGGGUCACCUCCGGGCCGCCUCAAACCCAAGACUUGCUAAACAAUGCCAAGAAGCAGUUCGAGAAAAUGAUCCAAGACAAGUUAGUAAGUCUGAGCCCCAGUGCAGCCGCCUCCAUUGUUUUGCCCACCAAACCCGUGGAGAUUCUCCCCACCAAACCCCUACCAGAUGAGAACCUAGUCCCCGUCAAUGGGAUCUACUCGUGUGACCAAUGCGACAAGACAUUCACCAAGAAGAGCUCCAUCACUCGGCACAAAUAUGAGCAUUCUGACCAACGUCCCCACAAAUGUAUGGAUUGCGACAAGGCUUUCAAGCACAAGCAUCAUCUGACUGAGCACAAGCGGUUGCACUCGGGUGAGAAGCCGUUCCAAUGCCCGAAAUGUCUGAAGCGAUUCUCGCACUCCGGAUCUUACAGUCAGCACAUCAACCAUCGGUUCUCGUACUGCAAACCAAUCAAGGAUGCAAACUGAAACAACUUCCUCCAAGUCCAACACAAAAACAAACUCAUACGCCACUGCAACAAUCAUGAUGAUAGAUGAUAGUCUCCUGAAAAAAAUUAUUCAGUCAGGAGAAAACGAAGAAAAAAAUACUCGAAAAGUGACUUAUUUCAUUUACGUACUAGUCGACGCAAUGAAUAUCUGAGAUUCGCUAUGGUUCCCACAACGACUUGUUCAAAAGAAACGCAAAGAAAUUACUACCUACCCAAAACCUUCUUGAAAGAAGCAAAAAACUGCAAGUCAACAAAAUAUUAUUUUAGAGUUGAUGUAAACGGAAAAUACUCCAUCCAAUCAAAUCUUAGUCCGAAACCAAAAGACAGACUCAACGAAACGAUGAUACGAUUACUAUGAACACUGAACGCUAUUGCUAUCAUAUUCAUUAUUACUUUUAUGAUUAUUAUUGCCAUUAUUACCACAUUCCGAGCACUGUUUAGUGUACAAAAAAAAUAGUGCCGGGGAUUCAUUCCUCUUUUUGCAAACGUAGAAUGAUCCGAUGGUCACUUUUAUUAUCUUAUCAUUUUUCUAUUCCCUAUGAUUCUUUUCUGUCAGUCAUUCGGAUCUUUUUGAACUCACUUUCGUAUAACUUCCACUGUGAAUAGAUUGUUUCCGUCUUGGUCUCACUGUAAAUAGCUGAGAAACUUUUUAUUUUUUCACUUUUCGCUCAACCAGAUGCAAAACAUGACCGCAUGUUCGGUCAUUCCAGGCCAAUUCGAAGUAACAGGAAGACAAAAGAGAUUAUCGUGAAAAUCUACAUAUGCCAAAAUGAUUGUGUACCUAUGAAGCUUGCGCAGAUGCCAAAGUCCAUAAUUUGUAGGCUCUUUUUUCAACGCCAUCCAUAACCAUUGAGUUUUGAUCAUGUUGUUUCCUCUCAAUUUAUCUUUUCCGAACUUUCUCACUUCUCUUUCCGCUUUAAUACUACUAGUCGCUGCUUAAAUUAAUUCUCAUAUAUAGUCAUUUAUUAUGAUCAUUUCUUAUAUCGUCCAGAAAUUUGUUCCAUUCAUCUAGUCCACCAACGGAAAUCGAAGGAGGCGUUCCUGUGAGACGGCCCUGCCCCCAAAUUCCUUGAAACGAACCAAAGCAAUACUAGGUAUCUUAUCAUAACUUCCAAAGUACUCGUUAUUAUGCCAUGAUCACGCCACAAUUGAAUCAAAAAGUGCCAUAAAACCGAGUUUAAUCCGAAUUCCACUAGUUUCUAUUAAUACAUUUGUCAAUUAUGCCCUCACCAGACAUUCCCACCAAACUGAUGAAUACGAGAUGCAAAUGACCUCCAUUGUGUUUCUUUCUUUAUUUCCGACUUUCUGUUCACUUAUCUAUUGUAUAUAUUGUUAUCAUUUUGAAGUUAGCAUUUCAAUGCUUCUUUCCAAGUUGAAUUCCGCGGCCAAAUCCAAUGAGGAACUUUCGAAUUUUGUCAACCAGUCGGUAGCGAGUCAACAAGCUUUAAGGAACCUUUGGCGUUCCAAAACACUUCGUCACGUUCCAUUCAACACUUUUGGUUGGAAAAGCUACUUUCAUGCUACAACCUUCCUGAUAUGCUCUCUUCUCAAAAUCUUAUACUUCAAUCUACAAACUAAAAUGCAAAUACCAUGUACCACGCUACUUCAACAGGCAUGACAACAAUUAAACAAAGUAUUGAAAACAAUCGAUAUAAUUUACUACAACUGCUACUAUUAUUACUCUUGCUCUUACUUAUCCUGUUUCAUAUUUUCAAGAUCGCUACAAAGAGUUCGAAAUAAACAAUGUGAACAAAUAACA